UCUACAUUGAUGGAAAAAUCCAAAGCAGACCUAGAAUCUGGAGCAAACCACCAAGGUGAAGAGAAUGGGGAAUUGCUCCUGGAUGAACCCAUGGUCCGGCCUGCCUGGGGGUCCAAGGCCCAAUAUAUCCUAGCCCAAGUUGGUUUCUCUGUGGGGCUUGGCAACGUUUGGCGAUUCCCAUACCUCUGCCAUCAAAAUGGGGGAGGCGCUUUCCUGCUGUUAUAUUUGCUGCUCCUCUUCGUCAUUGGAAUUCCACUUUUCUUCCUGGAACUGGCAGCUGGACAGAUUAUCCGCCAAGGCAGCAUCGGGGUCUGGAAGCACAUCAGCCCCCGCCUAGUGGGCAUCGGCUUCGCAAGCUGCAUAGUAUGUUCCUUUGUCGCGCUGUAUUACAAUGUCAUCAUCGCCUGGAGUAUUUACUACCUGGGCAAUUCCUUCCAGCUUCCCCUGCCGUGGGAAAGUUGCCCAGAAGUAUCCAACCACACAGAAGAAGAAAUGGAGUGUACCCGCAGUUCUCCCACCGCCUUCUUCUGGUACCGUAACGCCUUGAACGUGACCGGCUCCAUUGAGGAGAGUGGGGGCUUCAAUCUCGCUCUUGCCGGCUGCCUCUUUGCAGCGUGGGCCCUGGUGGCUCUCGCCAUGAUCAAAGGCAUCAAGUCCUCCGGCAAGGUCCUGUAUUUCAGUUCGCUGUUCCCCUACGUGGUCCUCUUCUGCUUCCUCGUGCGGGCACUGCUGCUAGACGGGGCGAUGGACGGAAUCCGGAUCAUGUUCACACCCAAGCUGUCCGUCUGGGGUGACAUGCAGGUCUGGCGCCAGGCAGCCACCCAGGUGUUCUUCGCGCUGGGCCUGGGCUUCGGCACCAUCAUCGCUUACUCCAGCUACAACUCGCGGGACAACAACUGCCACAUCGACGGGCUGUUAGUCGCCAUGGUCAACUUCUUCACCUCGGUGCUGGCCACACUGGUCGUGUUUGCCGUGCUGGGCUUCCGUGCCAAUAUCAUCGCCCAGGCAUGUGUGGAAAGCAACAUAGACAGACUGUUUCACCUGCAGCUCAAUGGAUCCUUCCCUCAUGACCCACUCCCUGCCAGGAAUGUCUCAAACACUCAGUACGGCAUCUGGUACCAGGGACUCCCCAAUGAAACGACAACACAGUUGCUGGAUUUGGGGAUCGGGGACUGUCGUAUCGAGGACGAGAUGAACAAGGAUGUGGAAGGCACAGGCCUGGCGUUCAUCGCUUUCACCGAGGCCAUGACCCUGUUCCCCAUGGCCCCAUUCUGGUCCGUGCUGUUCUUUUUCAUGCUCCUCAACUUGGGGCUGAGCACCAUGCUCGGAAACAUGCAAGGGAUCAUCACCCCUUUGAUGGACAACUUCCAGAGCCUCCACCGGCGGAGAGCCCUCUUCACAGUGUUAUGCUGCGUAGUUGGAUUCCUGUUCGGCCUGCUUUUCGUUCAGCGCUCUGGCAGCUACUUUGUGGCCAUGUUUGACGACUACUCAGCCACCUUGCCCCUCCUGAUUGUCGUGGCUUGUGAAGCUUUUGCCGUGGCCUGGGUCUAUGGGGCUGACAGGUUCCUAGACGACAUAGAAGCCAUGCUGGGCUGGCGGCCUUGGUGCAUCUACAGCUACAUGUGGCGCUUUAUUAGCCUGGCAUCAAUGCUGUGCCUGCUGCUAGCGAGCCUGGUACGCAUGUGUUUGAGUCGCCCAACCUACCAGGCCUGGAACAAGGAAGAGGCAGAUAAGCAGCAACUGGAAUACCCGCCCUGGGCUCUGGGUCUUCUCGUAAGUCUCAUGGUUGUGGCCGCCCUUCCCAUCCCGAUCAUGUUUGUCCGGCAGUUGUUGCUCGAGCGGCUGGCUCCGGCAGUACCACCUGUGCCCCCUAAGGAAGAAGACGACGGGGAGGAGGAAAAAGAGAGCCCAGCUGAUCCCGAUUACCAAAGUAAUGGGUACCUGCCUGUUCGGACAGAAGAGAGGCAGGACUUCUAGCUGGGAUGUACCCCGUGCAAAUUGUGACCCAUCUGAGCUGCCAAACCGUCCUCAUCUUGGAUAGAUCCACCGCUGUGUUUUUCCUCUCCAGCCUCAGGCUCACUGAUAUCAGGGCUGGUGUUUGUUUAGACCCUUCUGGUGCUAUUUGUCCAGUGGAUGGGUGCCAAAGAUGGGGCAAGCCAAUGAAAGAGGAAAACAAAAAUGGUUUCCUCAGCUGAUCUCUCUGAACCCACUGAAGACCAACUGCGGCUUAAGACACGAAGACCCUGAAGGCAAGUGAAGAGGACUCGAGGGACUUCAAAAUAAUCAAAAGUGAUGUGCAGGCAACCCGAGGUGAACUGAGAUUUGAAAAGCUCAGUGAGUCAGCUUGCAGCUCACGCUACAGCCGCAGAAGUCUCUGUUUGCUUCCCAGAAGAUGCCUCCGCUGGGUCCUAAUACCUCCGUGAAUACUGAGGCGCAAGACUUACAAGAUUUUGCCAACUGACCUUGGGAGGUUAAAGGGUAGAAGAGUAGUGUGAGAAUCAUCAGGACCCAAGAAGGGAAAGGACGAUCCAAGACCUGGUGGGGGUUUGUCUCUUUUUGUUCGAGGACCUGUUACAAUGGCAGCCCACAUUCACUCCUCUCUGCCUCCAUUCCUCCCUCUGUUCCUCCUGCCCAGGUCUGUAUUAAAGGGUAGACACCUUAGGUGCAGGGAGCUUUCUGUUUAUUGCCAGUCUGGUGACACCAGAUACCCUGAUGGCACUCUGUAGUUAUUAUUUUCCAGAAAUUGAGCAAGGGCUCAGGCCACUGGGAGGGAGAUCAAAAUAUGCCAGAUGACGGGCUUUCUUUGUCUGCCUCCUCUGGUACACGGCUAACAAUAUUAUGGCCAGAGCACCCUGGAAAUAAGACUGAGUUUGGGGUCCAUGGCAGGGGAAAGCCAGGACCCAGCAAAAGAUGUUGUCAGGUUUAAGGUCUCUGAAAGCGAGCUCGGCGACUGAAAGAGCGAGCCCGUGGAUGAAAAGUCCACAGUUGUUGCCUCAGCUCUGCCACAAGCGUACUGGACGGCUUCUGGCCAGCAGUUAUUUAAGAAGAAUAGCCAUGUUGGAUCAGGCCGAUGGUCCAUUUACUCCAGGGACCAUCUUUACCACGGUGGCCAGCCAGGUACCCCUGGGAAGUCCACUAGUUGUUGACUGCUCCCCAGCCUCUGACAGUCAGAGGUAUUCUGCCUCUGGACCUGGAGGUACAGUUUGCCAGUCGUGGCUAAUAGCCAACAGUAGACCUAUCCUCUUUAAACCAGUCCAGUCCCCCCCCCCUUCCAAAAGACCUGUCUGUCACCGUCAGGCAGUGAGUCCUACAAGACAGUAACCCAUUUUCCGAACCAGCUCUUCCUCUUGUCUGUCAGAUCUACCAUCCAUCAGUUUCAUACACUGAUCCUGACUUCCAGUAUUAUGGGAGAAAAGUUAAUCUCCCUGCUUUCUCUCUACCGUGCAUAAUUUUGUAGAUCAUGUUGCUUGCCACCAUGCUUCAGUUGGCUUUCUUCUGCUGUAAGCCCCCACAUACACAUGCUUCUGCCUUGCUUUGUAGGACCGGUGCUCCAACCUCAUAAUCAUUUAGUUGUCCUUUUUUGCACUUUUUUCUUGCUCUGCAGUAUCCUUCUUGCUAUAACAACCGAAAUUGUUACUGUAUUCCAUAUGUGGCCACACCAGGGAAUGGGAGAAAUGUGUUACGAUUAGGGAUGCCAACCUCCAGGUGGUGGCUGGAGAUGUCCUGCUGUUACAGCUGAUCUCCA